AAAAAUAUUACUAAGGCUGAUUUACAAGCUGUAGCUAAAUCCUUGCAAGAGACUAUGUCUCGAGUGACUAAAACUCUAGAUAAUAAAAAAAAACCAUAUAUACACCCUGUCAAUGAAAAUAAUCAUGAUCCUGUAGAUAAUAUUUCAGAUAGCUUAGCAGGAUUAAUAUUAAAUAGUGUUAUAAAUACUGCUAUCAAACAUGCUAUUAAGAAAUCCUCUUCAGGCCACAAAUAUUUCAAGUGCGGAAG